UUUAUUAACAUUGCUAUCGGGGAGCCCAAAGCGCGCACGAGCGAUGAUAUAUUAUCAUGCACACACGAGAUCGACAAGUUUCAAGUAGUCUCCUUUCCGAGCCCGCACCGCAUAUUCUUGGUCGAUACACCUGGCUUCAAUCAUACAUACUUGGAGGAAUCAGAGGUAUUUGACAAAAUUGCUGACUGGCUGAAGAACAUUGAUUUCAGACAUCUGAAAAUUGCCGGCAUCAUAUUUCUGCACGAUAUAACUCAAACCGAUUACUCAUCUUUGAACCAUGCCAUUCUGACUGUCCAAAUGCUAUCGGGCUAUCAUUCGCUAAGGAAUGUUAUCCUUACCACGGCGGACUGGAGUGAUAGCAAGUCGGGUGUAGUACUAGAACAGCGUGAAAGACGACUAGCGAACACGGAGUGGGGAAAUCUGACUUCUCGGGGAGCCAGGGAUGCUCAUUUUUUGGGCACGAAAACCUCUGCCUGGACAAUCAUUGAAUCUAUCCUCACACACCUCGGACUCAUCGACGUGAUCGGUGUGACUGGUGUCGGAAAAAGCACCUUCGUUAACACUGCAAUCGGGAAGGUCGUGACACCUGUCGGCCAUGGCUUAGAGUCAUGUACAUCUCGAAUUCAACACGCCUUCUGCGCAUGCCCCAGCGAUCCCUCCCGCCGCGUAGUUCUCGUUGAUACACCUGGUUUUGAUAACGCAUUUGGACACGACUCUGAGAUCUUGAGGCGCAUCGCUGUUUGGUUAGCAAGUUCAUACGGCGAGAAUAUGAAAUUGGCUGGUAUCAUCUAUCUUCAUGACAUCUGUGAUCCUCGGCUACACAUGAGUCUCGACACGUUUCGAAGGCUGCACGGCGAAUAUACAGAGAAUUAUGCUACUCUGGCAACCACGAAAUGGAGCGAGGUCGCUACGGAGGCGGAAGAAAGACGCGAGCAACUAUUGAAGAGCCUCUUCAGGCAGGAAAUGGUUGCACAUGGAUCAGAAUUUCCUCGGUUCCGCGGGUCUCAUGUGUCUGCUUGGGAUAUAAUAACACCCAUUCUU